AGUUAUAAACAAAACAUACCUUUUUCGUUCCAAGAUGGCGGCGUUUGUUUACAUUUAGAAGGAUACGACGCAGUUUUGAUUCCCAGCCCUGACCUAAGCAUAGUCGUUUUUAUUGGAAACAGAAUAUGUGAAUUCAAGGAUGUGAUAUCUUAUUUGUUUGCAAGAUUUGUAUUAAAAUAAAAUGUAGAGGAUUGUAUAACUUCUGCCGAAUUAUAAUGGUAAGUGGAGAAUCAAUGAUUAUCGGACACUACUAGCCGACGGAUACUGCUUCGAUAUCAGUAGGAUUGAAAAUAAAACGAUCUGCAGAAAUAAGAAUACAGAAGUUCAAAACUUUGGAAAUUUGUUGAAGUUGAAUGAAUAUUACAAUAUUUGCAAACAAUGUCACAUGUUCUGAAGCAUUGGAGAGAAGCUGCGACUCUGCUACUUGUUGCUAAAGCCAUGGUACCAGUUGUCACGUCGUAUCAGACGACAAACUUUGAGGUGUUGAUGCUGAAGAGAAGUGGCAAGUCAAAAUUUAUGCCAAAAUUGCACGUUUUUCCAGGAGGUGUGGCUCAUGACUCUGAUUUUUCACCUGAAUGGUUGGAACUAUUUAGCCAAGCUGGAAAGGAUGUUGUGAAAAAUAUGCAAAUCUUCCUUGAACGUGGUGGAAAAGGUGCUUAUAUGUUCAGUCGAACUAGACCAGAAGAGUUUUCUAAAAUACACAGUGAACUGGCUUUCAGAAUUUGUGCGAUUAGAGAGACGUUUGAAGAAUCUGGUGUUUUAAUUGCUAGAGAUCUAAAUCAUGUUAGAAAUGAACAAAUCACUGGAAAAGAUCAUCCUAUUUCUGGAAAGUCGUCAGUACUGUCUGACUCAAUUUUGAAACCAUGGAGAGAAAGGGUAGACAAUGAUGCAUCACAAUUUAUUGCUAUGUGUAAAGAGCUUAAUCUGUUGCCAGACAUAUGGUCACUGUAUGAAUGGUCAAAUUGGCUCACACCAAUUCUCCCUGGACAACAUGGACAGACAACUGCAAGGAGAUAUGACACAGCUUUUUAUUUGUGUGUCCUUGACUACACACCUAAUGCUGAACAUUGUGCCAAAGAAACCACAGAGCUUGAAUGGACAUCUGCUAGUGGAUUUCUUCUCAAGAAUCUAGACGAAAAGAACCCUCUUCAUCUGGCAUCUCCUCAAAUAAUAGAGCUUGGUAGGAUCCUUCGUUUUUCUGAUGCAGAAAAACUAAAACAAUUUUCAUGGGAAAGAUCAGCAUGCAGGGCGCAAUGCUUUUACCCUGUAACUUGUUAUUGUGAUGACGGGGUACUAUAUAUAUGUCAAGGUGAUGAUCUGUACCCGGAGACACCAGACUAUACAGGUGAACAACCGCCAAUGAAAGUAGAGGGAACAGUUUUGAGUCUUCGAAACAAGUAUCCAAAUAUGUAUAGAUCAGAAAUGACAUCUGGUCCUAAAGGAAUGGAAGAAACAAUUAUUUGUAACAUAAAAAUGGCUGAUGGUCAAGUUAGUCCUUUGUUUAUAGACAGAACAAUGGAAUAUCAAUUUAAAUCAGUUUCUACUUUGUGAAUGAAUUUAUAAAAGUUGAUCAAAAUAGCCAAUGGGGUGAAAAUUGGCCACACCCUCUUCAGCAGAGGGGUCACAUAAUUACAUAGAAAUACGAGGGAUUUAGUCAUAAAAUUAAAACGCAUUGUUUCAGCUUCAUGAUUUUAUGAUAUGACAAUAAAAAAUAUACAAUGAACAAACUUGCCAAAUAUUAGCAAUAUAUAAUGUUCCGAUAUAUUUCGGAAGGAAGAAACUCUUUAUGUCUAAAAUAGUAACAUAGUUUACACAUGGGUGAAUUGUUUAAAAAUUCAUUCACUGCGAAAUGUAUUAUUUUUUGUGUAUUUUAGAUGUGAAAAAAGAAUGGUUUAGUAUAUAUAUUUAAAAGGGGAAAUCACAAUCCUAUGCUGUAUGCCUAACAGCAAUUGUAUCCAUGCAUACAUGUAUAGUCUGAUGCAUUGUUGAAAACUUUCAGAAUAUAUAUAAAAAUCAAUUUCUUGAAUGCCGUUUCACAGAAAAAUCUGUAAAACUUUUAUUGGAAAAUACUACAACUUUUGUUAUUAUUGUUUCAAAAACAAUUUUGGUCUAUUGCAAAUAUAAACCAUCUGUAGCUCUAAUUUUAUACUCAGGAUAAGGUCAAUGUCACUGAUACUAAAAUAGAUUCACUCACUCUUGCUCAUACAGACUAAUGUCUUUCAUAUUUAAAAGGAACAUUAGUGCACUGCUAUUUUAAGGGGAUAUACGGGGUCACAAAUGUCAAGGUCACCAGGGCUAAAAAAAAUUUACACUUGGUAAUAUAGCCUUUAUUGAUGUAUUUCAUAUUAAUUGGGUAUAUACCACAUGUUAUCAUCUAGUUUGGAUGGAGUUGAGGGUCACUUGAUUCAAGGUGUAGGUUCUCGGGGCUUACACUUGCUUGUAUUUUAACCAAUCUUUUAUAUUUUGAUACUUUUAUAAAAUUAAAAUAUAUAUUAUCAUAUUAUUGCCUAAAAUAUUGCACAGAAGGGCACCUGAGGUCUUCCUCCACCAGUAAAGCUGGAAAGUCACCACAUGACAUCUACUGUGCCGGUGCAAUGUUAACACAAAAAGUCUUUGAAAACUUCCUAAGUACCCGUAACAGACCCAUAGAUAUAUUUGCCACUUCUUUCUUCUUAAUGAGUGAAAUGAGAUUUCAUUUGAAUAUCUUCACUUGAGAACUUUGAAGGAAAGGAGUGAAAUACAAUUUUGAACAGGAAAGUCAGUUAAAAAAUAUUCCCCACUAUCAUUUACAUUUCAAACACUUUUCUGGUGUUUUGAAAAGUGUAGUAGUAGAUAUACAUUCCUGCAUGCCUGUUUUCUUGUGGUCACUUACAUUACCUUGACUUAGCAUAGAAAAAUACAUUUAAAUCUUCAUGUGGUAGUUCAGAACCUAGAUAUUUGGCCCUGCCCCAGUGUGUCACAAAGAUUAUGUAUUGUCACCUUAUCUAACAAGAACACAAGAUGAACAAUACAAGGUCAGCAUUGCCAUCAUGUGUAUACUGAUAGACUUAUUUAUUAGUCAACAUAAUUGGUCAGAAUAUUUACAUAAUAUGAAAUGAAAUCAGAGCGAAUAUUGAAUAUAAUGUGUUGAUCCACAUAGAUGUGUAUAUUUUCUCUGAACUUAAAUAUAAUUGAGGUUUUUCAAGCUAAUCAAGGAUAUAAUACAACUUUAACUGUUGAAACUUUGAAAAUUAGCCCAACAGGUUGCGAAAAUAAGCCAAACAGGUUGCUUUAUCUAUUGUGAAAAAAUAGUACACUGUGAUGCUAUAAACGGUCUAAGU